AUGGAAUAUAAUAAUAUUUUAAAUGCUAAAAUAUUUAAUGUUAAUGUCAGUGCAGCUAAUAAUUUUAUUAAUGAAGUUGUAUCAUCUUUAAAAGCAUAUCACACAAAAAUAAGCAUAUUCACUUUUUUUAAGAAUAUUGUUGUUUUUUUUUCUAUAAUUUAUGCAUGUCAACUUUCUUUUAAUGAUUCUAUUGGUGUAUCUUGGUUGACUAGGAAUAAUAAAUGUGUGGAAUUGAAAUUAAGAGUUUAUAGAAUUUUAACUGAGGAAAACAAAGGAACAGAUAAUUUUCUGUUAUCAAAAGAAAGACAGAGUUCCAACAAGUGCCCUCAUAAUUAUUGUGAAAAUGAAAUAAAUACCCUACAAGAAGAAAUAAAGUUAAGAUGCCAAAUGAAAAAGACAGGUGGUGAAGAACAAGAUAUAAGAACGGUUGUAAGAAAAGAUGAAAAUAAUUUCAACAUGUUUCAUAGCUUAAGAAUUGAAAAGAUAAAAGAAUGGGGAAAUGAUAUACAAAUUUAUGUGGAAAAACUUCUGGAAUACAUGGAUAAGUUACAGGAAUGGAUGGAAAAUUUUGAAAAACAAUGGGUAAUUAGUAUAUAUAGUGAGUGGAUUGAAUGUAUGAGUACAAAUCGUGUAAAUUAUAUAGAUUUUUGGAUUAAAUACAUGUCUUAUAAGUGGACAAAAAAUAUGGAAGAAUUCGUUGAAAAUAAGUUAUAUGUAAAAUGUCAAGAUGUUACUAAUGAAGAAGUGAAUGAAGAAGAGAAUGAAGAAGAGAAUGAAGAAGAAAAGAUAUUUAUUGAUGGAAUUGAACAGAGAGUAAAUAAUAUUGGUGCAAUUGAGAAUGAAGAAUCUGAAUUUUUUUUUUGGUAUACAAAGCAUAAAAAUGAGAAUCCUAUGAAUAACAGUGCAGAAAAGGAGGAUAAAUUUAAGAGAUUUAAAGGGGUAAAAGAACGUGAUUUAAAAGAUAUAGAAAAUAUACUAUGCUUUAGAAAGAAGGAAUUACUUAAUUAUAAGGUACAAAUAGUAUUAAAGAGGAUUAAUUCAUGCCUAAAAAGAGAGAUAGAAGAAGAAAAAUUAUACGAAUAUUGGGAAAGAAGAAAAAAAGACACGUUUAAAGAAUAUGUAGAAUUAGCAGAAGAAGGAUUAUUCAUAUAUUGGAAUGCAAAAAUAAAAAGGAUAUGGAAUGAAAAAAUGAACGAAUGGUUGAAAACUAUCGAUAAAUAUACUGAAGUAAUGGAAAUUUGUAUGAACAAAAUGGAAAAAAAGCAUAUGCAAAGUACAAUGGCAAAAUGGACAAAAGACAUGAAUGAUUCCAUGGGAAUUAUUGGUUAUAGUUGGAUGUUAGAUAUAGAAAAUGGUAUUAGAAUUAUAGAAAAAAAAUGGAUUGACAAGAUGAAAGAGGAGUGGGAUAAAAUAAAAGAAACAGGUGUCAAUAUGGUGGAACUUACAGAAUUGGAAAAACUUUUUAAAAAAUAUAAUAAGCAUUAUGAAAGGAAAAAAAAGGAAUGGGAAGUGAGGGAAAUGAAGUUGAAAAAGGAAUUGGGAAUAAAGGAAUAUAAUUAUUUUAAAAGUCUAAACUUUUCAGAGUUAAUUAAUAAAGGAGAAAAAAAGUGGGAAUCAAAGAAAAAUAGGAUAAAAGAGAAAACAGAAAAAAAUAUGUUAGAAAGAAAAGAAAAAAAGGAGCAGAAAGAGAAAAAAGAAGAAAAAAUAGAAAAUAAUAAAGAAAAGAAGCAAAAGAUAAUAAAAGAGGAAAUUAAUAUUUUUAAUAUACAGUUAGAACAGGAAGAAAGUACUAAAAAUUCAAUUUUGGAUAAAUGGUUAGAUGGAAAAAUAAUAUGGGAAGAUAUGAAUGAAAUAGAGAAAAUAGAAUUGUUUGAAUUCGAUGAUAAAUUAUGGAAAUCUUGGAUCAAUUUAGCUAAUGAUUUUUUGGAGGCAUGGGAAAAAUGGGAGGUUUUGUUGAAUAUGGAGAAUGAAAAAAGCAAGAUUAUUCAAGAAGAUUGGAAUGAUUUGAAAGAAAUAUUAUUAUUAAAAAGUAUGUCCACUUUAAGCAGACUGGAUGAAUUAGAUUGGACAAAAAAAAGUGUAGUGCAAUGGAAAAAUUUAAGUGAAACAGAAUGGGUAAUGAAUAAGGCUCAAGAGAUAGAAAACAAUAUAAGCCUUGUACAUAAAAAGAUGGAAGAUAUAAAGGAAAAUAAACAUCUGAUGAAUUUGCUGAAUAAAUGUGAAGAGGAAACGGGAAAUAGAUUAAAGGAAGAAUUGAAUAAUUUAGAAGAGUGGCUUACUAUUAAAAAUAGAUGGGACCUGAACCCUAAACCCUGA